CGUGAAUAAAAAAUAUCGGUACUGUCCGUUAACCGGUGUUGAUUAGUGCUUUGCUUCCACUGGACUACUUAGAUAAUUUAUUCCUGCAGAAAAGCUUAAGCUCGGCAAAGGGAAAUCUUCCAUGCGUCAAACUCGUGACCUCUUAGAGCUUAAGGCUUUCAUCCAACGCUGUCGACGGGCAGAUCUUGAUAAACUUAUAAAGUUAACCAAUCUUCCUCGUGGAGGUCUAAAGCAGGAUAUUCAAUUGAGACUUAUUUCCUACCUGGACCAGGAUCCUUCCACAGAAUUUCUUUCUGCCCUUCAUGAACUGAGGGGACUGAUGUAUAGUCCUGUCAACUUACAGUUUCAACAGUCAAAUGGGAAUUUCGAGCCCCACUGUCCGUCAAACGAUCUUCCGUCAUCGUUUGUGUAUUUAAGAGACCCUACCAUUCGUUGUUCUACAGAAUCGUCAAAGAAUAGUUCAGGACCGAAUCCAUGUGUGACAGGUACAAAAACAAGCUAUGUAUUACAGAAAGAGCAGUUGCGUCACAACCCUUACGUUGUACAACCGAAUACAAGUGUUUUUGAACAAUCAUCUCCAGAUGAAUUAAAUUCUACGAGAAGCAGGCAACAAAAAUCUCAACAAACAGUUUCAUCCAAUGAACUCACACAAAGUUCACUGUUUCCAGGGGAUCCUGUGAUUAACCCAUCAGUUUGGUCAUCUUGGGAGUCUGUUAACAAGUUGUUACCUGAAAACCGAGUAACGACAUCUCAAUCUUACACAUCUGGGAAGUCCCAAAAUUUUAAUCCCCAUUCUCAAACAAAUGUUGCCCUUCCUAUCCCUAUUCUAUCCAAUUCAGCUAUGUCAGAUGGGCAUUCAGAAAUACGUGUGCACUCUGAAUGUCCUCAGAGUUCAAUCCACACACUCAGUACAGACUCAAGAAAAGCUGCUGUCACACACAAAAUAGGUCCACUUAUAACAUUGGCUGGAGUUGAUGGGUCGUUUCGGCUUCCCGCUGUUUUACCUGAAUUCAAUUUCAAAGAGUCUCCAUUUUUCAAACUGAUCGAUGUUCUUUUACCUCCGCAAAUCAUUCUCCCGGCCCACAUUGGUUUUGCUACUGGACGUCGAUCUUAUGACCGUUCUUUGGCCUUGAGGUUCACAUCUGACCAAGUCGAAACCAUUACUUAUCACUGCUGGCGUGGAUCUGAUGAACGAAUGGAAUUCGGAGUGCAAGUUAUUAUGCGUUUUGCUCGUCUAGAUCCCCAAGCCUGCCAACAUCUAGUACAGACAUAUGAGUUGUAUGGUAGUCGCAAGUCAUCUAGUUUAUCAUUGGAUAAACUCAUUCAAAUACCAUUAGCUGAAGAUAGUUUACCAGUUCAUUUGAUAAUCCAAGUAAAUGGUCGACCUAUCCAACUCCCACCUCUUUUACCAAGUAAUCGUCCUGGAAUGGAUGGACGUCGUAAUCCUAGACCUAUUAAUAUCACUCAGUCUCUUCAUGUUUCCCCUACUGUUCCAAACUAUAUUAAAUUAACUUGGACUCAUGAUUAUUCUAGCUAUACUUAUAAUGUUGUUGGAAUAUACUUGAUGCGUAGACGUUCGCCUCAACAAUUAUGUGGUCUUCUACAUUCGACUUCAUUUCAAAAUGCUAAUGUAAUGAAAAUGGAAAUCAUAAAAAAACUUAGUCCUAACGCUACCACUGGUAAUAUUGGUAGUGUUAACAACCAAAGUCAGUCUUUAGCCCGUAAUGAGAAUGACGAUGAUGAUGAUGACGAUUUAGUUAUGCCAAAUACACUUCCUGUUCAACUUCUUUGUCCUUUAUCUAAAUGUCGUAUUGAAGUACCUGUACGUGGACGUAAUUGUCGUCAUGUUCAGUGCUAUGAUGCAACAACUUAUCUUAUAAUUAAUGAACGUAAACCAACUUGGAAUUGUCCUGUAUGCGAUGGUAAAGCUGUUUACGAAGAUUUGAUAGUUGAUGGUUUAUUCUUAGAAAUAUUGAAUUCUAAACGUUCUCAAGAUCUAGAAGAAAUUAUAUUUCAUUCGGAUGGUUCUUGGUCGGCCCUAGGCGAAGAAAUGGCUUCUAAUCAAUCAGAAAAUACUAAUGGUAAUAAUACUAAUAAUAGUAAUAGUAGAAAUCCAUCUGAGCCAUCUCCGUGUACUGAUUAUAAUCAAUUAUAUAGUUUACAAGAAAGCCCCUAUGCUUCAAGUCACAUUACUUCAAAUUCAAUUAGGUCAGCUACUGAUUCAGCUGGUUCUUCAUUUGUACCAUCAUUUAAUACUUUGUCUCCUGCUAGUUCAAUAAAUUCGUUGUCUAAUCCAAACAAUUCCAAUUCUUAUACAUUAUCAAUGUCUCCUGCACUUGCUGUACGAACUGCAGCAAUUACACCAUUGAUAAGGAAUGAUGUGGACAAUAUUUCUGCCCCAAAUACAACAAAAACUACUUCUACUACUAGUACUACCAUUAAUACUAAUUAUCAGGCCUCGGUUACUGUUCAAUCUUCACGAGAUAAAGAACAAAAUCAGUAUAUAUCCCAAGAGAUUCCCUCCUUCACUAUUGACUUAACAUUAUCUGAUGAUGAAAAUGAACAACAGGGCAUAAGUGCUCGAGAAACUGCAAGUAGCAUUCAAGUUCCUACAAAGAACAAUAAUUCUUCUUCGCGUCCUAUAAAUACAGUUACAUCGUAUUCUUCAUCAUCAUCAUCAUCGUCAUCAUCUUUAUCACCGCAAUUCCCUCCUAGUGAUUUAUCUCAAUCUUCGCAUUAUUCCGAAAACAAUUAUCAACAUCCAUUCUCAUUAAAUACGAGUAAUAAACCGUCUUCAACAGCAUUAUCAAGUACUUCUAACUCUAAAAGUUCUAAUCAUUCGAGUUCCAUACCUCUUGUUUAUUCAUCAGAACCAAAUUCUACACAAUCAGUUAGUGUUAGUCAAAAUCUUGGAGUCCCUAGUGUUUCUGUAACGAAUGUCCCUUCAAAUCAAAGGCGUUAUCCUCCUGUUAGCAGUGAACAUAAACUAGUACAAGGACCGGCUACUAGCAUACUUUGUUCUGCUACUAAAUCAGAUGUUCCUGUUAGUUUACCUUCAAUUGUCACUUCAGCAUCAUGUGGAGGUAAACGUCCAAGCUCAUCAGAUUAUAAUUUUUCAUCGUUGAAUUUCUAUCAAUCUGGGACUCAAUCUGUAAGUAAUAAUCAUGGGUUACGUUACAGUCCAACCGUUCACACUACAUCUAUUUCAAAUGAAUCCGGUCAGUAUUCUUUUCCAAUAGCAAAAGUACCUCGGAUUGAAAUUCCACAUAGUCAACAUUAUGGAUCGUCUUCAACGCAAUCUCAGGGAUCCUAUUCUAAUAAUAAUAAUAAUAAUGGUUAUAAUAAUUCUAGACGGUGUACAAAUAGUCCAUCUGGCUCAAAUUCGUAUACAUAUCAUUCCAAUAUAACUCGACAGAUGCCAUCUGAUGGAUAUCAUAGCAACAGACUUACGUCGUCAACAUUCCAUUCAGGUCAAUCUUCCGAUCAUUUUUAUCCCAAUGAACAUACAACAAAUACAAGUAGUCGAUAUACAUAUUAUAAUCCUAAUGAAUCUGGCAGUAAUAAUAGUAAUACUAAUCGAACAUACUGCUAUUAUCCAUCCUCAAGACAUGUUAGUUAUCCUACAUCCGAUUCUGGGACAAUUUAUCCAUAUAAUAGACAACCAUCAUCUCAUAUUCGUAGUCCUUACGAAACUCACCACAGAAAUGUAAUAAAUAACUCUUUGCCAAGAGAUACACUUCAUCAUAAUUCACAAGUGAGGUCUUCUGAUAUAACUAAUUCAACAUAUUGUGGUAACUCAGUUGACUCACGUAGAGGAUUUCAUUGACGUUGCUUUAAAAUCGAUCUGAGGAAAACGGGCUACUGCCAUUUGUAUUUAUAGUUCGAUGCAUCGCCUAUGAAUAAGGCUGGUAAAAUUUAAUCAGUCUACAAUUAUGAUUUAAGUCUAUAUGUUUAGUAUGAACCCCAAUGUAUCUACCUCAGUUUAUAACGUCGAAUAAUAUCUCUAACCUUCGUUUAAUAAAUCAGAUUCAAACCUUCUUACACAAUUAUGUACUUGGUUUUACUAACAUUCUUGAAAUUCAUCAAGGUGUAUACCUGAUGUCAUCUCAUCAAUUGAGUGUGCUUAAUUUUAUAGAGUAUGUAAGGUAGAUAAAAGCCACAUUCAUUUCAUUUCCUAUUAUUAACUUAAUCGUCAAUAUUAUUGUAGGCUUUCUAUGAAUGUAUUAUUAUUAACUAAUAGUUUUAUUAGUGUAACUGCAUUUUCUUUUUAGAUUUUCCUGAUAAAAAAAGAAGAUAACCGUUUCAUUAUUUCUGAUGAAUUUUUCUUUCUCUGUUAAUUGAAUGUACACAUUUUUCAAUAAUUUACUUUCUUUCUACCUUUUUAUCUUAAGCAAAAGAUUGAUUUGUAAAUAUCAUUCAUUUUUGUAGACAAUAAUAACUCAUUGCGCUUCUUGCCUUCUCUUUUUAAUGUAUAACAGAAUUUACACAGAUUACAUUUGCAUUUUCUUUUCCAUGUUGGUUUUUCUGUAAAUGAUUUUUAUUUUUAUGUAGACUACUUAAUAAAUAAACUGUAACAGGAUUACUUAUCUAUCGUAUAUAUACAGUUAAUCUUUCUAUUUUCUACUGCCCACUGCUGUGACAUUAUGUCAACUGACGAAGUUUAGUAAAAAAAGCAUGGAUAAAUCAAAAACUAUAGUUUUUUUACUUUUAAAUACUUCUUUACUCUGUUAUCGACAUCAUUCGUUUUGAUUAGACGGCGUACACUUGAAAUUAAGAUGAAUAUGUAGAUGUACAUGUAUCUUAUCAGCGCUAUUUUAAACUUCAACACUCCAAUUAUGGUACAUGUUACAUGAAGUUUCCUUAUAAAGGGCGCCAUAUUUAUUACCGCAUUUUUCUAUCAGAUUAUUGUUCACCUGUUGUUAACUAGGCUUAUUAAAUGACCAACCAAUUCAUUAUAUAUAGUUUUAUUUGUCUACCUUCUUGUUGUAUAAAAUACAGUUAUGUCUAUUAUUAUCGUUAUCAUUUUAUUCAUGCUGUCUCUCUUAAAUUUGAUUGUAAUCAAAUCUAAGUGAAUGUCUACGUAUAUUCUCUUGUUUAUGUUAAGUUUAUAACUAUAUUCUUUGUAAAUGUUUUAAAGUAUUAGCGUAUUUCAGCUAUGUUUAUUUAAGGGAAACACGUGAUUUGUAUAAAAGAGACUUGAACUUGUAUAAAACUAGUUUCCUUUUUCUUUCGUGUUUCAUGCUUGCCGGAUUGUUGUUUUCAUUGUAAGUUUUUGUGCAUGGAUAAUUUUAAUUAAUCCACUUCAGUUAUAUUUAGGUUAUGUUCACUAAAACGUCUACUGAAAUCAUUUUGUAUUAAUCAUCAAUAAAAAUUAGUGAUCUAUUGCAGCUCUUGGUGUAUAAGCGUUUAAUUUUCAUCAUUCUAUGCCUCAUGUUAUGUUUAUUUCUACUUAAACAUCCAAAUUGUUUCAUUAGCC